UGCACGCAUCAAAAGUUCAAGUCCUUUGACAUUAGUAUUGUGAUACCGUGGUAUAUUUCGCUAUGGAGGGAUAUGAUUCCAGAAAGCCUCCCAGUGUCCGUGUGACCGUCUUAGAAGAUCCCAACAGUAGCCUUCAAGAACUUUUUAACCCUGUUUCUCAAAGGCAGCAAGUCCCUUUGCAUCAACGUAAGCUGCCUAAAUCCUUUUUCGUUCCUCCUGGUGAUGCAAACGAAACUUCUCGUUUUUCAAAAUUAAACUCCCUACAUUGUAAUGAAAGGAAUUCUUCAGAUUUCGUUGUAUUUCACAGCAAAGCUAAUUCGUCUCCAGCAUGCUUAGAUGCUGCUCUACGAACACCAGUUUCCGUAAAUGCACCUAAUCACGCACAUCAAAAAAGUCUGGAUGUUGCAUCAAAAUAUAUUUCCGAAUUUAGCCCGGACUUCAGCUUCUCGGAUUCAUGCAGUCCUGGGUUCAUACAAAGAGACUCUAGACAAACUCCACUACUAUGUAGACCUACGGUGGCUUUCGCUAUUAGUGAUCUUCCUGUUGGUUAUGAUAUGGCAAUAAAUGAAAGUAAUCAGGUGUAUUUUCUCAAUCACCAGACACAGGAAACUACCUGGUUCGACCCUAGGAUACCAGAGAAGUUUCAAAACUGGGGCAUGACACCUGAAGAACUUGAACAGGUGCAUAUACGCUAUGCGAAGCAAUUUCUGUGCACAAAUCCAUCAGCAAAUCUGAAUGUAAAUAUUCAACAGGUUGAUCGAAUAUCCCCAUCACUUGUACCCAGUCCAACAGCAGGUGUUCCAGCUUCAUCACCAUCAGAGCAUUUGAAUAAAAGUCAAUCUGGUGCUCCAUCACCAAUGGUUUCUUCAUCUAUGUCACCGAAUUCAUCAACGCCUGGACUUCCAUUACAUAAUCUAUCAUUGAAUUCAUCAUCUGCCAGUACAAAUGUUCCAAAUCGUUUAAGACCAGCUAAAGCUGUAAAUAACAACAACAACAGCAACAACAAUAAUAAUAACAUAACCAAUAAUGUUAGCAAUUCUGCCACAAAUAACAACAAUAAUAAUCAGUCUCUUGGAGUUGCUCAUAGAUCUCAUCCAAAUCAGUUACCUUAUUCUCAUCACCAACAUUCACAUCAAGCACGUGAACAACUACAAUCCUCCAAUGGUAUACAACACCAACGACAGCAUUCACAAGGUCUUCCUACACAAUCUCAACCUUCAAGUCAAUCACUUGUAACUCAUUUUCGUUCAUGUAGUCAACCGGUUUCCAUGUCUAGUGGUCGAGAUUGUAAUUCCACUACUGGCCUUAUCAGAAAUGCGAAUUCAUCGAGUGUAUCUGCAGCGACGACAACAGUCACAGGAUCUCUUGGUCAAACUCAACUUCGACUUCCUGGAAGUCUGGGUGGUAUUUUAUCUUCUAGUUCCUCACUAACCGGUCUGAGUAUUCCAAACUCUAAUAUUGGCCAACAAGGUUCUGCUACCGGUUCCGUUAGCGCUUCCUCUGGUCAACUAGUUCAAGGACUUGAAUGCUUACGACUUAAUACAUCAGCUACUUCUACAAGUGUAUCACAUAACUCCACUCAAGUUUUGCUCGACCAACAACAAAUACCUAAACCACAAAGAGUUCAACAACCUCAGUUCAUUUUAUCAGCCAAUUCUGGUAUAAUCUAUGGAUCAAAUAUCAAUCCAACUACAACACGAUUAGUUGGUACAGUUCUACCUGCUACUCCCCAAACUGGCAAUCAGCAUUCACAUCAAGGUAGUAUGGAUAGUGGAGUAGGUCAGUCAUUAACGGGUCAGUCGAAUCCUAGCGCUAAUCAAACUCCUGAACAUACCGUUAUGCUGUUUUGUGAUCCGGGCAUUGGUACAUGUGGUGCGGAGCAUAUGGAAGGAAUCGCUUAUCCGAAUGAGGAAUUGAUUUGUACAGGAUUCAGUGACUUCGAUAAUAUUGAUAUAUCAGAUAUGAGUACUUGAAUAUUGUUAUUCUAAUCAAAUAACUGACUGACUGAUUGACUGACUAACUGACCAAAUAACGGCUAGCUGAUUGAUUAGCCAGUUGAUUGACUGACAUCAUCAACUAGUCAAUGCCUCCUCUCUUCUAUUGUCCAUCUCUGUUGAGUCAAUCAUUCACUCAGUCGAACGAUAACAGCAUUUCGAUUUCUCAAUAAAUAUACAUGUCAUAUAAUCUUAAUAUACUACUUGUAACUAUCCUAUAUCUCUUUCCUAUAUUAAAACAUGCAUAUGCAGGUUUAUAUGUGUGUGGAUCUGUCAAAUUACUCACUUCGUUACUUACUUACUUACUUAUCUGACUACCUACCUACCUAUGUGUUUACUUACUUGCUUUAUUGCAAAGUAAGAGAAAUUUAACUUCCAUAUAUAU